UACGUCAGGUGGGGUGUCCGCUGAAGCACCAGGAACAAGGCGAGGACCCCGCCAUCCCGUCUCAACAAGUCCGGUCAACGGGUCGGGCUGGUUCGUGCAUUUUUCUGACUUUUUUCCCGCCCUCUCAAUUGACUUCCCCUGACGAGACGCUUUGAUCACUUCCACUCAGUGUAUCUCAACACCAAACCCAAAGCCAAUCCCCCACCAACACCAUGGCUCCCGACCACAAGGCUUGCCUGAUCGUGAUUGACGGCUGGGGUAUCCCCACCGAGGAAUCGCCCAAGAAUGGCGAUGCCAUUGCCGCUGCCGAGACUCCCGUCAUGGACGAGCUCUCUAAAAGCGCGACUGGCUUUGCCGAACUCGACGCGUCCUCGCUAGCCGUCGGUCUCCCCGAAGGCCUCAUGGGCAACUCCGAGGUCGGGCAUCUCAACAUCGGCGCCGGCCGUGUCGUCUGGCAGGACGUCGUCCGUAUCGACCAGACUGUCAAGAAGGGCGAGCUCGGCAACAAUGAUGUGAUCAAGAAGGUUCUGGAGGCGGCCAAGAACGGAAAUGGGCGCCUUCACCUUUGCGGUCUGGUGUCCCACGGUGGUGUGCAUGCGAAGCAAACGCACCUGUAUGCCCUCCUCAGGGCUGCCAAGGAAUGCGGCAUCCCCAAGGUCUUCAUCCAUUUCUUCGGCGACGGCCGUGACACCGACCCAAAGUCCGGCGCUGCCUACAUGGAGGAGCUGCUGUCUACCAUCAACGAGAUUGGCGUUGGCCAGAUCGCCACCGUCGUCGGCCGGUACUACGCCAUGGACCGCGAUAAGAGGUGGGAGCGGAACGAACUGGCGCUGAAGGGCCUGAUUCUUGGCGAGGGUGAACAGAGCGACGACCCGGUCAAGACCGUGAAGGAACGCUACGAGAAGGGCGAGACGGACGAGUUCCUCAAGCCCAUCAUCGUCGGCGGCGACGAAGGCCGCAUCAAGGACGGCGAUAACGUCUUCUUUUUCAACUACCGGUCUGACCGUGUCCGGCAAAUCACCCAGCUCCUGGGCGAUGUUGACCGGUCGCCCCGGCCCGACUUCCCCUACCCCAAGAUCAACCUGGUCACCAUGACCCAGUACAAGCUCGACUACCCGUUCGAGAUCGCCUUUAAGCCCCAGCACAUGGGCAACGUUCUCGCCGAGUGGCUCGGUAAGCAGAACGUAGAGCAAGUCCACAUUGCCGAGACCGAGAAGUACGCUCACGUCACUUUCUUCUUCAACGGUGGCGUGGAGAAGAUGUUCCCGCUUGAGACGCGUGACGAGUCACAGGAUCUGGUGCCAUCAAACAAGAGCGUCGCGACCUACGACAAGGCCCCUGAGAUGAGUGCCGAUGGUGUUGCCGACCAAGUGUGCAAGCGCAUGUCGGAACAGAAGUUCCCCUUCGUCAUGAACAACUUUGCCCCCCCGGACAUGGUCGGUCACACCGGUGUCUACGAGGCCGCCAUUGUCGGCUGCGCGGCUACCGAUAAGGCUAUCGGCAAGAUUUAUGAGGGUUGCAAGAAGGAUGGCUACAUUCUCUUCAUCACUGCUGACCACGGCAACGCCGAGGAGAUGAAGUUCCCUGACGGCAAGCCCAAGACCUCGCACACUACCAACAAGGUCCCCUUCAUCAUGGCCAAUGCCCCCGAGGGCUGGAGCCUGAAAAAGGAGGGCGGUGUACUGGGAGACGUUGCUCCUACCAUCCUUGCGGCCAUGGGGUUGCCUGCGCCGGAGGAGAUGACGGGCUCCAACCUCCUCACCCGGGCAUAAGCAACGCAGGACUGAUACGGAAUAUGAUGAUGAUGAACUAGAGAGACACAGGCAUGCGAUAUAGAUGAUAGAGUUGCGCAACGAAUGAUGAAAUGGCCAAAACUCUCUCCCUCACAAGUGACCACAAUGUCCAUGCAGCAAAGAAGCCAAGGAAUAGGUAGGGAACCACGUCACUCCCUCGCGUAGGUACCGAGUCCUAGCCUAACUAAAGUAAUUGCAUGGCAGCUCUGGCUCAACCACGCUGCUGCUGAGCUUGGUCACUCGCUUCCCAACCUCUCACAACCCCGGCCAAGAUCAUUCUCGCCCAGAGACCAAGGCAGCUGUUCGUGGAAGAUUGCGCAAGAUUUUUGUUCGCCCUGAUGAUUCGAUCGGCAAGCCGGCAAUAUAGAAGGUCGC